CCUUGUUUGUGUCCAUGAAAAACAUCGUCUAGUUUCUCUCUGCCCGUGUUUCCACCUGGACUUUGAACAUGCCUGCUCUCUUUUGUAGGCUUAGUUGCGUCAACUGCUUCUUCUGCCAAAGUUCAGUGAACCCUUUGCCUACAAAUCUGAAGAACUUCCGGUGUCCGCACUGCAACUGCUGGAAUCGUUACGAUGCGAGUGGUCAGAUCAUGUCAGAUGAGCCUGCAAUGCACGACGAGAACCUAAAUAAAAGGUCCUUUUCCAGGCGAGCCUCUCCCAGCAAGGACCGCCUACCUUCCAUAUACAACAGAGGGCCAUUCUGCCACACGUGUCGAACCAACCAGACGCUCGUCGUACAACUCAUGUCAAACUAUCUUCCUCCACCCGAACACCCAGAAUACGCGAAACGAGUAGAGUUGCUUCCAGAAUAUAGGAAUUCGCUACAUGCCCGCUAUCCACCUGUUUGCACCAAUUGCCUUCCUAUAGUUGAAGACGAGAUUAAGCAGAAGGAUCACAUGGCCCGGAUUCAGGCUCUAGGUGGGUGGCUGAAGGAAACUAAAGGCAAAGAUAAACGGAGACAGGUAUAUGAAACUGGCGAGGAAAGAGAAAAACUGAAGAUAGAAUUUAUGGCAUGGAAAAUACGGGGCUGUCUGUGGGCUAUAACGCUGAUGUCUACUUGGGUUUCUUACUCUGCUGGUAUAUGGAACUGGCAAAUGUCAGCUUUUGUGCAAAUGCUGCAACCUGCCCUUCUGGUUUUGACUUUGUUCUCUCUACUAUGGACUGUGUGGGAUCCGACUUAUCAUUCACUUCGGAAAGCAUAUAUUCAAGGCCGUGAUCUACGUGUGAAAGGAAAGAAACAGUACAAUGUGCUGCAAAUACUAGCAUGGCUCUCUAGGUCCAUCACAGCUCUGCUUCUCACUAUCCCAUGGUAUUACCCGUCUUGGGACUAUUUGCAUAUCACAAGCUAUCCAUCAUCCAGACUUCAACUGUACUGUUCGAUAUCAUUAAUAUUUGAGUUAUCUGUAUUUUUCGCCUCCUUCGCCGUAUUGCAUAUCCAGAAGCCACCUCCCAUCAGACUACUUGAUAUUUCCAGCCAUCAGCCCUCUUUUGCCCGUGCCACCCCGGAAUCUAUUUUCCGAGACGCUCACUCUCGCUCCCUACACACUUCUGCCGCUGCUGCUUUAAGUGGGCCUGAUCUCUUCUCUUCCCUGUCUCUUUCUUCCAAACCAGUGCUCUCGCCAAGUAUUAACCCAAUAUUUGGUCUGCCAUCUCUUCUAUCUUCUUCUACCAAGCCUAUAAAUUCGCCCCAAAAGAUGGAUGACGACGGUGAAGAGGCUGACUGGACUUCUAUCAACCCAUCUUUCUCUCUACCUAUGAAGCCAAAGAAAAUAGUCAUUCAAGACGAGGACGACGGAUCGUGGUUGCGCCCCCAACAAUUUUUCCCUCCAGAACAUCCUACAGGCCUCGAAACUCUGUUUGCAAAUACCAAAUUAGUCGACGAAAUACCGUUUCAGAAAACUGACGGCUUAUCCCUCGCGCCGCGGAAGUGGAUCGUGUCGCAUGCGCGCGUUUGGUGGUGGGCAGGUUUACUUCCCCUGCUAGUGCCUAUCUAUCGUUGGUAUUGCUAUCAAAUCUUGUAGUAGUAAAGACCUCGUUCAGACCUAUUUACAGAGUUGACCCACUUGUAGUAAUUGCUGUCUAACCUAUGCACGCAUACAAUAAAGGCAGCUGACCUCGGGUUCAUCCAAUCAUCCUCGACACAAUUACAGGUCAUAGCUUAAAUAC